GUGAAUGUGGUAUACUUGGACAGAGGGGUGGCGGUGGACGUGGUAUACUUGGACAGAGGGGUGGCGGUGGAUGUGGCAGUGGACAUGGUAUACUUGGACAGAGGGGUGGCGGUGGAUGUGGUAUACUUGGACAGAGGGGUGGCGGUGGAUGUGGCAUACUUGGACAGAGGGGUGGCGGUGGAUGUGGUGUACUUGGACAGAGAGGUGGCAGUGGACAUGGUAUACUUGGACAGAGGGGUGGCGGUGGGAUGUGGUAUACUUGGACAGAGGGGUGGCAGUGGACGUGGUAUACUUGGACAGAGGGGUGGCAGUGGACGUGGUAUACUUGGACAGAGGGGUGGCGGUGGAUGUGGUAUACUUGGACAGAGGGGUGGCAGUGGACAUGGUAUACUUGGAC